AUGGAUUCACAAAAUCAAAGUUCAACGCAAGCAUUCAACAAAGACAUAAACAAUAUUUUAUCACAACAUAAAAAAGAGAAAAACAAGCAAGAAGAAGGAAGCUCAAGAGGUAGAGGUGCGGGAAGAGCAAAUCAAGGAAGAGGUAGAGGUGGCAGAAGAGGUGGAGGUGGAACAACAGCAGCUUGUCAAACGAGGAGUGCGAUAAAAGGAAAAAUCAGAGAACCGAGAGAAGAACCUGAAGAGGAGAGCAAUUUAUCAGAUGUGGCAAGCGGCAGGAAAGACAAAGAGAACAAAGAAGGAGGAGAGGUGGAAAAUGGGAAUGAAGAGAAUGAAGAAGACUAG